UCAUUUCAGAGAAAGUGAAACUGAUAGUGCCGCGUCGCUCUCAGUGUGUGAGCGAGGCAAGAUGGCAGAAGCCAGUAUUUCAAUAGAUCAGGAACAUUUCACCUGCUGCGUCUGUCUGCAGCUGCUGAAGGAUCCGGUGACCACUCCGUGCGGACACAGCUUCUGUAUGGUGUGUGUUAAUGACUUCUGGGACAGUGAAAGAGUCUACAGCUGCCCUCAGUGCAGAGAGUCUUUCACCCCAAGACCCGUACUGCGGAGGAACAACAUACUGGCUGAGGUGGUGAAGACGCUGCAGGAGAGCAGAGCUCAGGACUCUCUCUCAGACUGCGUGGACUUCUCUCCCUCUGAAGUUCAGGACGUGGAGUGCGACUCCUGCGUGGGUGAGAAAAAGAAGGCCGUGAAGUCUUGUCUAACCUGCCUGGCCUCCUACUGUGACACUCACCUUCAGCCCCACCACGAAUCUGCUGCAUUCAGGAAACACAAGCUUGUGUCGGCCUUCAGAAACCUGCAGGAGAAGACCUGCGGGCAGCACGACAAGCUGCUGGAGGUUUUCUGCCGCACUGAUAAGAGAGUUAUUUGCUCUCUGUGUUUGCUGGACAAACACAAAGGCCAUAACACAGUCUCUGUACAGGAGGAAUGGAUGGUGAAAAAGAAGCAGUUUGAAGAUUUAGAGAGGAAAUACCAGAACCGACUUGAAAAGAGAGAGACAAUCCUGCUGGAGCUGAAGAAACUGAUGGAGUCAUUUAAGAGCUCUGCCCAGGCAGCAGUGGAGGACAGUGAGAGGAUCUUCACUGAGCUCAUCCUGUCCGUGGAGAAAAAGCGAUCUGAGGCAACGGAGCUGAUCAGAGCUCGUGAAAAAGCUGAACUGGACAAAGCCGUGGGAUUCGUGGAGCAGCUGGAGCAGGAGAUUGUAGAACUUAACAGAAAACAAACUGAUCUUCAGCAGCUUUCUAACUCAAAGGAUUACAUCCAAUUACUGCAGAGAUCUCAAAUUCUCUGUGCUGACCUGGAAACCAGUGAUGCUGUUAAGAUAGCGCUCAAUCAACAGCCAGCAUUUGAGAAUUUCAAGACAUCUGUAUUGCAGCUGAAGGAGCAACUGGAAAGCUUUUGCACAGAAGAAUGGAAGAAAAUUUCUGAAAAUGUGAACGACCAGCUAAUUUCAGAACCUGAAGCAGAAACCAGAGAGGAUUUCCUCAAAUAUGCCCGUGAGCUGACUCUGGAUCCCAACACAGUAAAUUAUAAUCUCCUGCUGCGUGAGUGUAACACGAAGGUGAUUUGUAAUAAUGAGCGUCAUCCCUACCCUGAACAUCCUGAGAGAUUCACCUAUUGGCAUCAGGUGCUCUGUAAGCAGAGUGUGUCCCUGCGCAGUUACUGGGAGGCUGAGGUGGGCGGAGAAAAUGGAGUUUCCAUUGCAGUGACUUCUAAAGCAAUCAAAAGAAAAGGGUCUGAAGUGGAGAGCAGGUUUGGGCAUAAUAGCGAGUCCUGCAGAUUAGUCUGCUAUCCUAUGAAAUACAGUUUCUGGCACAAUGAUAAACAGAUUGAUAUCCCAGGCCCGACAUACAAAAGAAUUGGCGUCUAUCUUGAUGAAAAGACAGGAACUUUAUCCUUCUAUGGUGUUUCCAAUGAAAUGACCCUCAUUCAUAAAGUCGCAGUCAAGUUCACUCAGCCCCUGUAUGCUGGGUUUGGGAUAGGUUCUGGAUCAUAUGCAAAGUUUUGCCUUUAUGCCACAAGUGGUGCCGCUGGUGAGACCUCAAAGCAGAAAUGAGACGCUGUCCUGGCUGAAAUGAGUGGUGGUGAUGCAUUUGGAAACAUUAUAGGACUGUGAUUAUCUGCACAAAAGGCUUUUUGACCCAUAAUUUAGAGUCUCCGAGCAAAGAUAAGGUUUUACUGAGCACAUGAAAAAGCAUUUAACUUGCGUAUUUUGUUCCCAUGGGUCUGAAGAUAACUGCAGGAAUCUGAUUAUGAUUGGAUUUUUAAGUUCAUGUAAACACACUUAUUGUGUCGAACCUCAGCAGAGUCAGUAACACUUCUCUGGGUGAGCAGAGACGCCUUCAACGCCAGCUUGAGUCGUUUGUUCAUCAGCGCAGCAGUGCACACUCAGCUUCGUCACUCGCUAUCAGCUGGUACUGGAUGUUGGUGUGGUGAAUUUUUAUGAGUACGAGUAAAUGAACACGGUAUUAGCCCAACACCCGACACCAGCAUCCCUAGUGCUAACAUUCCUGAUUAAAACAGUUUGAAAAGAUAAACAUUAAUGAAAUUUUACACGUGCCGUUCCUUCUUUUGUUUCAGUGAAGUUUGCAGAACGACCUCAUGGAAAAGACCUCAGCAUGUACCGUUGCUCUGACUAGCUCCAGUGUUAGCUUUAGCAUUAGCUUAUCUGAAGUGGUAGCUAAAACCUCUUUCUUAUUAGACUUGAAAACCUACCACCUUUACAUUGAGUGGUAAUUUCCUUGCUUUGAUUAAUGUAAACAUGGUUUCCAGAAUCCCUUUUUUGUCAGCUCUCAAACAUGUAUGUCUGCACUGAACAUGGAAGGACCAUUUAUUUUGGAAAAAUGUUUCACAUCUACUUCUUUGUUUGCUUCUCACUUUUCCUUUUUAGUGCUGAACGUUUCAGUCUGUUAGCACAAGCGUUAUGAAUGAUAAUAGGUAGCCUGUACUGGAAGUUUGUUGGCCAUAGCAAGCGUAACUAAGGGAGGCAGGACUUUCUCAGAAUUUAGUAAGCGGUGUGUGAAAUGCUGUUUAGAAGAGUAUCAUUUCCUACCUUGGUUUAAUGUGUAAACAUAAAUCAAAGUAACUCCAGUUACUGGAGGAGUUCUUUAACAUGUGAAGGCCUAAUUUGGAUCAUUAUCUUCAUACAACUGAGAGAAUAUAAAUAAAAGUUGAUUAAAACACCAUAAUGCCUUCUUGGUACUUUGUAAAGACUGAUUCUACCACUGUUACAAUGUGGUUAUAGUUAUGUGAACAGAUAAUUAAUUGGUUUUAGUUAGUGGAUUAGCUGUUUAGGAUAGAACAGCAUUUUAAUUUCAUUAUCUUUUUGGUGGGAUCUGUCUCAUUAAUGAGUAAUGCUCCAUGUAAUAAAAUGUGACUUUGGCCCUA